AUGCGCUGCCAAUGCGCGCUUCUCCUGGGGCUCGCGUGCGUUCGGGGCUUCGGCCUGCGCCCGACCUUGCAUGGACGCCCCGGGCGGACGGCGCGCGCGAGCACGCCGGGCGAGAUCCUGUUCGAGGCGCAGCGCGAGGCGAUGGCCGUCGCGGCGGAGGAGGAGGGCGCGUGCUUCGAGGGCCGCGUGACGGCCCUGCCGGCGCCGUCGCUCGCGGCGAAGCCGAAGUCGAAGGCGAAGGCGAAGCGGCGGCGCGGCGCGGGCUUCGCCGGCGCGACCGACGCGGCGGGCGACGCCGCGGCCGCGGCCGCGGCCUCGGCGCGGUGGCGCGCGCUCCGCAAGGCGGGCGUCCUGAAGAUCGAGGGCGCGAUACCGCGCGAGACCGCGGCGGAUCUGCGGGCGUACGUCGUCGACGACCUCGCGGCCGCGCGCGCGGCGUGCGCGGCCGCGGCCGAGGCCGGCGACGCGGAGGCGCGGCGGGAGAACCGGCGCCGCUUCCACUCGGACGUCGCCGAGCGGCCGCUGCGGUCGUUCCUGCUGACGCCUCUCGACGAGCCCCGCGCUCUCGCAACGAUGGAGGCCAAGGAGGGCGAGGCCAAGGCCGACGCGUCGCUAUUGUCCGAGGUCGCGCGCUACUUCAAGGACCAGGCCUUCAUGUGCUCCAAGGACGAGGGCCUCGAGGUCGUCUUCGACGAUUUUGUCGCGCAGCAUUCGGGCGCCUUCGCCGACGACGCCCUCGCGCGGACCGAGGGCCACUCCUUCGAGUUCACGGAGCUCCACGAGGAAUACCUCCGGCUCUUCGAGAAGGCGACGGAGCGCGUGCUCGAGGUCUGCGGCGGCACGCGGGAGCGGUGGUUCCUGGACGCGGCCAUGGCCGCGCUCGAGUACGAGGCGUUCUACGAUACCAUGGUCCGCGCGGGCGAGCGGCGGCGGAAGAAGUAA